AUCUCUGCGGUUGUACGUGUUACAGACUUUGCAAUGAAGAUGACCGCGCAUUCAAACGUUCUUCUUUUGAAGUGUGCCCAGUUUCAAGAAGAAUGUUUAUUUACUGACGUGCAACUGAAAAUUGGAGAAACAAUCUUUUCUGCUCAUCGCAUGGUAUUAGCUGCCUUUAGCAGUUAUUUCCACGCCAUGUUUACGAAUGGAAUGAAGGAGUCCAGCCAGGAAGUGAUCGAAUUGAAAGAUGAAAGCAUUUCACCAGAUUCUUUAAAGAUUGUAAUAGACUCCAUCUACACUGGAGAUCUCCUUGUCAACGAGGAAAACGUGUUUGAAGUUCUUGCCGCAGCUGACCACCUUCAAGUCACAAGUGUUGUUCAACAGUGCUGUGACUACUUGUUGAGCGAGUUAAUUGAGCUUCACUUUGACGUGGAAACAUACUGUCGCAUAUGGACAGUUGCUGACAGACAUGGUCUGAAGGAUCUGAAAGAAGCAGGAGAGCACAAGAUGGCUUUGAUGUACAAGGAUGUUUCUGAAAGUGAAGAAUUUUUGUCGUAUAUUAGCGCAGACCAAUUUAUCGGUCUCCUCAAUCGAGAUGACCUCAGCGCACCUUCGGAGGCCUUCGUCUUCAAAUCAGUGAUGCAGUGGAUCAAAUACAAGAAAGAAGAGAGGUUUGCAGUUGCGGGCAAAGCUAUUGGAGCUGUUCGUUUGGGGCUGGUGGAUAUCGGAGACAUAAUUGAAGAGCUGAAUACAGAGGAAAUGCAGCAAGUUCCAGAGAUCCGCAAGCACUUACAUGAAUCACUGAUCCAUAACUGCAGACCUUUAAACAGCUCCGAGUUUGCAGUAGAAAAAGCUAAACCAAGGUCAGUGAGUCAGGUUCUUGUUGCUGUCAUACCUCAGGCUCCAAUGCAAUAUUAUGAUGCUGAAACAAAAUUGUGGAAAUCUUGGGCGGCCUCCACAACACCACAACUUAAGAUUGAAGCGAAAACAUUCUUGUCCGCAUGCUUGGUUGGAAGUAAGCUAUUUGUAGUUGUGACGGACUCUAGGCCAACGUACUAUAUUUACUCUUAUGACACAGAAAAGAAAGUGUGGGAAAAUAUCCCGCACUCAUUGGGAGUAGUCAGUGAGCUGCGCACCGUCGGGGACUACAUGUAUGCAAUCAGUAAUACCCUUAAUAGCGGUCAGGUUCCUCAAAGGUAUAACUUUGUUAAGCGUCGAUGGCAAAGGUAUGCUAAAGUAAUUAUUCCCAGCUGUGAAAAUGGAAGUGGCUCUUUCCAUAAUAGUGGAACAACAGUGUUCCAUUCAAAGGUGUAUGUGCUUUAUGGAAGUAGAUCAAAAUCAGAAAAUUCUUGGCGUGUGAAGCCAGCAGUACUGGUCUAUUUUGAUCCAGUAGAGAAUAAAUGGGAAAGAAAAGCUUCAACAUGUCAUCCUCAUUUUGGAUCCACCCUUUUUGCGGUGAACGGCAAACUCCAUGUUGCAGGGGGUAAUGUUAAGGUUACCGAUACAUACAAAUCUCCAUAUGGUGACUCGGCCCCUGUAGAAUUUUAUGAUGAACAAAACGACUCUUGGUCUGUUGUAAAACAGGACCACAUUCCACCAAACAAACUUGGUGCAGUGGAAGUAGAAGGGAGAGUGUAUUUCAUCAUAAACAGAUUUCCAAUCGACAGUGGCAUCAGAAUCCCACCCGGAGAAAAGUAUCAGGUUGAUUUGGACGACUGGGAAAGUCUGGGAAAAGUUAACAGUAAAUCAGUUCUUUGCUACUUGCCAGCUAAUAAAGAGAAUUUGAACACGGAGUGAUUAUGUAUAUAUAAUUUCCGUUUAUUUGACUUUUUUCCGCACGUAGGGCUUGGUUGUAUACGAAACAAAGUGUAAUCUAAGUUAACCUUAAUAUGCAGCUAUUGUUUCAAAAUUCAGUAAAAAUAGGGUCAGAUUCGAUAUAAUGGGCUUUGAGUAAAAAUCGGAUUCUCAAGAAAGAUUCCUGGUGUUUUUUUAAUCAGUUUAUUUGAGGUUCAGUAUUAAUUUGCCAAAAUCCAACACUUUCUAUAAUUGAAUAUCAGACACAUCUGUAGACAAAUACGCAACACACUUUGAAAUGUAACAUGUCCCUCGGAAUAUAAACCAACUUGUUUUUAUUGUCUUACAUACAUACAUACUUUAUUGUUACCUCCCCAAUGGGGCUUUUCAGGAACAAUUACUUAAAUUACUAAGUUACUAAUAACUACACAAUCAAAAUUAAUCAAAUUUAAGAAACAUUUACAACAUUAUCUAAAUUUUGUAGUCGCGAAAAAUACUAAAAAUAAAUGAAGUUUAGGGAGUAUUAAAGAUUAUUUCACGGUUAUUUUAUUUGAUGUUACGUUGUAUGUAAUAAAUGCCUUUAUCAAACUUAACAGUGCAUUCAUUUGAACGCUCUUGAGCUGUAAGGGUUAAAUUGUAUACACAUAUAUAAUGUGGGUUCUGUUACCCUUCGUUACACGUACGGUGGUUUUAGAGCCCUCAUCUCGGCUCAUCUGAUGUUUUGCAAAUCUAUAGAGAAGAAUUUUUUUUUUAACGAUAUUUAAGCUCUUAGCGCCAAGUCGAUUAGGAGCCGGGAUUUAGUAAUAUUUCUUGGCUUGUGAUGAGAAGAAAAAAAACUGCUUUAAUUGGUGGCAAAAGUGUGACAGUGCCUCCGUUAACCAAGGCGCUCAAACAUGGGUAACAGAAUGGGGCGUCAAUUGCAAACCCUUAUCUUCGUUUAAGCACUCGAUCACUUCGCAUGUUAUUUCUCUAACGUUUUUUGCCACCCUGGCGUGAAGAGAUAUUUGUUCACAAGAAAACAGAAUUUCUGUAAGUGGAAACUUUUUGUUAAAUGCAAAUGACAACUGCAUGGCCACGGCUCACUCUGCUAGUGUGGCUACUGUAUGCAAAUACAAGGUCGCUUUUAUUUUUUAUCAUGUCUUAUCAUCUUGAUCGGCUGUAAUGAAUUGGAUACUCAAAAAGUAACAGAAAAAGACAAAAUCUGUAAACAUGGCGUGGAAAUAACUGCUGUAGGCAGCUAAUACCAAGCGAUGAGCAGAAAAUACUGUCUUGCCAAUUUUUAUCUGUACGUCAGUGAAUACAUAUAUAAUUUUUCACCUCGUCUUCUUGGUCCGUGCUGUAAUUUACGAACUGAGUUUUUUCCCGCCAUAAAUUGAAGGGGAAAAAACG